AUGAUGACGCUCAUUCUGAAAGCUGUGCUUGUCACAGCAGCUCUCCUCCAGACUACAGUCGCGCACAGCCCCGAGGGUCCCGCUAGCACAUACAAACAUUGCCAGAGACAAACAGACCACCCGACUGAAGGCUGUCCUCGCGGCACAAUUUAUGUCGCUCAGAAUGACUCGGCAGCUCAUUUCAACACCAUUCAAGCAGCCAUUGACUCGCUUGGCAACACCACUAUUCCGGGGCAUAUCCUCAUUGCCCCGGGGAACUACACGGAGCAGCUAAAUGUCACUCGCCGCGGUCCCCUUCACUUGAUUGGCAUGUCCAAUAAGCCCUGGAAGGGUGACUUAUACUCGGAUAUCAAUGUGAACACCAGCGCCCAAAAUGACGUUCAAGUCUGGUGGAACUCGGCCAAUCACCUCGCCCUCUUCACCGAUAAUGUCUAUACUGGCGUCUUGACUGUUGGUCCCAACCUCAAUGCCACCCUGACAGGCUCUGGGCCGACAGGCUUCCCUGUGCCAGCCGACACUCCUUUCGGAUGCACGGAUUUCCGUGCCUACAAUAUCGAUUUCCGGAAUGAGCUUGUUCAGUACUCAUACGGUCCAGCACAUGCUUUGGGAGUUAGUAGGGCCAAUGCUGGUUUUUAUUCAUGUGGUUUCUACAGUUGGCAGGACACGGUUUAUGUUGGAAAGCUUGGAAACGCCUUCUUUUACGACAAUGUCAUUGCUGGACAGACCGACUUCCUCUACGGCUUCGGCACCGCGUACAUUGAGAAGUCUACGCUUUCGCUCCGCAGUUGCGGCGGCGGUAUUACUGCCUGGAAGGGUACCAACACGACCUUCACCAACAAGUACGGCGUCUACAUAGAUCGAACCCAGCUCAUCGCAUCCAACUACACCAUUGCUCCAAAUAUGGUGGGCAAGUGUGCGCUCGGACGACCAUGGAACUCGCUGCACCGAUCCAUCUUCAUGAACUCGUACUUCGACGCCAGCAUCAAGCCGGCCGGCUACAUUCCCUGGAGCACGACCGCUCCCAAUCUAAGCAACCUCACAUUCAUGGCCACCUGGAAAGACUAUGGUCCAGGCUACAACGAGACGACCGAGGCGCAGAGCAAUGUGACUCUCGUCCUCACCGACUCCCAAGUCAAACCGUACCGACAUGUUUCUGACGUCUUCUCAACGCCUGAUGGUACUUUUGGGAAUACUCGCUGGAUUGAUGCGAGCGUCUUGUAG